ACAUGUACGCAGUGGUACGAUCCAAAUGACAGCUAGCUCCAUGCCCGAGCGCGAGCGGACUUCACGGAAAAACCUCCUUUUAACCCGGAACUCCGCUCCUUACUUGAGCUUUUAGCACCCUACUUUCUACCUAUUAACCUCCGACAUGUCCACACCGAAGAAGGGGAACUUGUCUCCAAGCGAGGAUGAGUUGUUUGUGGUUAUCACUGCAGGAAACGUUCAAGAGGCCUCGAGGCUGCUGGGCUGCAAGGAUGUCCGAGUCAACUGCUUGGAUGAGUACGGGAUGACUCCUCUCAUGCACGCCGCUUACAAAGGAAAGGCCGACAUGUGCAAGUUGCUGCUGCAACACGGAGCGGACGUGAACUGCAACGAGCACGAGCACCGAUACACGGCGCUGAUGUUCGCCGGCCUGUCAGGUAAGACCGACAUCACGUGGAUGAUGUUGGACGCGGGGGCAGAAACGGACGUGGUCAACUCCGUGGGAAGGACCGCCGCGCAGAUGGCCGCCUUUGUCGGGCAACACGACUGCGUCACGGUGAUCAACAACUUCUUCUCCCGGGCGCGACUGGAUUACUACACCAAGCCCCAGGGUUUGGAGAAGGAGCCCAAGCUGCCAUCCAAACUGGCUGGGCCCCUCCACAAGGUCAUCAUGAGCACCAACCUGAACCCCGUCAAGAUGGUGAUGCUGGUGAAGGAGAACCCGCUGGUGGCCGAGGUGGAGGCCCUGGAGAAAUGCCGCCGCGUGAUGGAGCUCAUCUGCGAGAAGUGCAUCAAGCAGCAGGACAUGAACGAGGUGCUGGCCAUGAAGAUGCACUACAUCAGCUGCGUGCUGGGGAAGUGCGCGUCCUUCCUCAAGGACCGCGAGGACAAGCUGGACGGCCUCGUCAAGAGCUUGCUGAAGGGUCGGGACCGAGACGGCUUCCCCGUCUACCAGGAGAAGUUUCUCCGAGAGUGCAUCCGCAAGUUCCCUUACUGCGACGCCACGCUGCUGCAGCAGCUGGUGCGGAGCAUCGCCCCCGUGGAGAUCGGCAACGACCCCACGGCCCUGUCGGUGCUGACUCAGGCCAUCACGGGUCAGGUCGGCUUCAUGGACGCGGAGUUCUGCACCUCGUGUGGCGAGAAGGGAGCCGAGAAGAGAUGCUCCCUCUGCAAAAUGGUGAUCUACUGCGACCAGGCCUGUCAGAAGAUGCACUGGUUCACCCACAAGAAGGUCUGCAAGACGCUCCAAGAGCAGAGGGAGGAGCAGGAGGCCGAGUCGGCCGAGAUGAGGCUGCAGCAGAGCAGAGAGGAGAGCGAAGCCGUGAAGGAGGCCACCGGCUCCAUGCGGGAGCUCUCGGUGGAGGCCAACGGCGACGCCCCCCCCUCGGACGCCUCGGACCCCUCGGACGCCUCUUCCAUCCCGGCUGCGGACAACUGAGCGAGUCAGAGUCCAUCCAAUCAAGAGACCGGACGGAGAGAGCGCCGACCGAGACCCGAGAGCCGGACGAAGACGGACCCGGAGACGAGAACCCAUAUUUAUUAUCCGCCGGAAGACCGCGUCGAAGGCCGGGAGAUCCCGACGAGGAAGACUCGUGGCUGCGGCGGGCGGCCAUCUUUUUAAAAAAAUAUAUAUGUAAAAAAAAAAAAAAAAAUCUUACUGACGAUUUUAUCGUAUGUGAUUGUGAAAAUUGAUUUGUGGUAGAGGGCUGUGUGAGGGGGGGGGGGGGGGGGGCACCAUGCAAAGAGCUAACGGUUCACAUCGAUGAUGGAACGAUAUUUUUGCCUUAAGACAUUGUAGCAACUUGAGCAGGAAAGUCGUGACUUUGUAGCCAAUCAGCGGUUUGUUUGCUACGUGCUUGAUUUGUUAUUGGGACUAUUUUUGUGUUUUUUUUGUUGUUUUUUUUGUCCCGAUAACUUCAUAGCAGAUCGUGAGCGGGAUGGCAGCAACAAUAUUGACCAAAAAAAAUUAUAUUUUUUAACAUAAAAACAACGUAAACAUGAUUUAAAAUCACCACGGACAUUCAUGCUCGUAAUGUUUUCCAAAACUGAACCAAAAGGAAAGUGGUUUUUUUUUUUCUUGUUGUUUUUCCCCCUAAAAUGCGACCUCGUUUGUUGAUGGGAGCGUCGUUGUUUACAGCACAACAACAGCAUUGUAGUCAUGUGGCUUUUGGUAGUCUGUCAUUUGUUGUGCAGCCUGAACGGACCGAGAGGUUUCACUGAUGUCAAAACAACUUAAUCACAAAUUAAUAAAGACCAACGUCAUCAAAGUGA